AUGCAGACUGCUUCUACAAACAUUUGUGAAAGAAUGGGUCACUCUCAGGAGCUCAGUGAAUUCAAGCGUGGUACCAUGAUAGGUUGCCACCUGUGCAAUAAGUCCAUCCAUGACUUCUCCUUGCUACAAAGUAUUCCACAGUCAACUGUUAGUGAUAUUAUAACAAAGUGGAAGCAACUGGGAACAACAGCAACUCAGCCACGAAGUGAUGGGCCACCGCAUGCUGAAGUGCACAGUGUGCCGAAGUGGCCAACUGUCUGCAGAGUCAAUAACUAAAGACCUCCAAACUUUGUAUGACCUUCAGAUUAGCACAACAACAGUGCAUAGAUAGCUUCAAGGAAUGGGUUUCCAUGGC